AUGGACAGAUCAAAACCUCUGCAUAAUUUCACUUUACCGCCAGGAUUGACGUGGGGGAGACAGAGAUUUUUGAGGUGCAUGAACGUUAAUCCAAUUCGUGCAAUGCCCGCCGUUGAUGACGGUGAAUCUUCAGAUUCAGGGGAGUAUAACGAGAACCUUUCUGCUGGAAACCAUCGUGUCGAAUUGGAGGAGUUCGAGAGGGCACGAAGAGGAAGAUCAAGUCGUGAUUCGCGGAGGAGGUUGCGUUUUAAGCUGCCAUCAAUGUCGCCGUCGCCGGCGGUGGAGAUCGGUUCAGUUAGAAAAGAUGUAUCAGGAGAUGGAGAUGAGAUCUCGGUAACUAGAGAGAAGCUGGUAAUGGAUUUCCAGACGGAGGUAGGUAAGUUGAAAGAAGCGAUUCUGAAAAACAAUACUUCGGAUGACGAGAAUUCGCCGAUGAAGGUUUCUCCUUCUCCAUACGAAGCUGAGCCUAACUCUCGGCCUGUAAAUUCAAUACUUAAGCAAAAAUCAACGUACAACGCACCACCGCCAGACGUGAUCCGCGCCGGCAGAGGAGGAAUCAAUCCAGAGGUUGAUGAUCCGAAGAAAUCAACAAGGCCGAAAAGGAACCUUGAGAAGAAGGAAGAGAAGGUUAGGUUUUCUAUUGCGCUAUCACGAAAGGAGAUCGAGGAGGAUUUCAUUGCUAUGACGGGGAAGAAACCACCACGAAAACCUAAGAAGCGGCCUAAAAUCAUUCAGAAUGAACUAGAUGCUGUAUUUCCUGGUUUAUGGUUAUCUGAAGUUCAUCCUGAUCGAUACAAAGUGAAUGAAAAUGGAAAGGGUUUGAAAUUGUUCAUCAAAGAUUCACAAUUUCAAAAUUCUCAGUAG